AUUACUAUGGUCAAAGGUCAACUGUCUGCUACAAAAUGUCAGAAAUAGAUGAACUCGAUAUAAAUCCAUUUUUUAUAGCUUUGCAAAGUAAAUAUUUAUCAUGUUAUGAAAAGGCACAAGAAGAACGUAACUUAAUUUGUUUACCACAAUCAGACUGUCUGCAUGGUGUUAGAAUAACAGACAAGUUUGUUGAAACACAUAUUUUAAAGCCGUCACCAUUCUUUCAAGGUCAGUACAGAACACUUCGAUCAGAUAAACAGAUAGUUACAAUAGAAGAUGAUGGGGAUUAUAUAUAUUGUCAGGAAGGUUUUCCAACAAAGACAAAGAUCAAGAUUAUAUGUGAAGAACUUGGAUAUAAUAAGGAAUAUAAACCAUAUAAGAUGUUGAUAAUUGCCCGUCCAUUAGACCACAAUGUCCUGAGACAGAGCAAAAUGGAAACUACUUCAAGUUCUGGAGAAUUUAACCUGAAAUGUUCUUUAAAGGAUUGCAGAGAUUAUCUUAAAUCUAUACCAGAAUUUUCAAAGCCAAUGAAAGAGCUAGAUGAACAAAUACAGAAGUUUAUGAAGAGUUAUAUCAUAUUGAAAGACUACCUCCUGGAGGCAGCACUCAGGCUGGAAACCAUGGCAACCACUACCUUUGAUAAAUGUAUCAAGAGUGUUAAAGAUAGAAAAUUAACGGACCAAAAAUUCAAAGAUAUCGUAACUGCUGCUGUUGAAACGUAAGUUAAACUAUGAUUC